CUGAAGUGCAAAGACUUAAGUCUCUGCACGUGUGGAAUCGAUCGAAAAUGGCCGAGAAGCAGCAGGAGUUUGGCGCCGACUUGGACCACGGUCAUCUCUGCUGUUCGGUAUGUCUGGAGCUGCUCCGGGAGCCUGUCAGCAUCCAGUGUGGACACAGUUACUGCAGAGGCUGUAUCGAGGGAUGCUGGGACCAGGAGGAGAAGAAGGACCAGUUCAGCUGCCCUCAGUGCAGGGAGAGCUUCUCAGCCAGGCCUGUCCUCAGGACCAACACCAUGCUGGCUGAGGUUGUGGAAAAGCUGAGGAGGACCAGCACUGAGCAGGUUUCUCCCUCUCUGGCCUGUGCCGGCCCAGAGGAUGUAGCCUGUGAUUUCUGCUGUGGCACCAGAAGAAACAAAGCUUCAACGUCUUGCCUGACAUGCUUGGCGUCUUACUGUCCCGCUCACCUCGAGGCCCACCACAGUGUUCCCGUGUUAAAGAUGCACCAGCUGGUCUCAGCUACGUCCACACUGCAGGAGAAGAUGUGCACAAAGCACCACAAGCUGAUGGAGGUCUACUGUGAGACAGACAAGAUGUGUAUCUGCUAUCUGUGCACUGUAGACGAGCAUAAGCGCCACACAGUGUUGUCGGCUACAGCAGAAAGGGCUAAGGAACAGAAACAGCUGAUUGUGAAGCAAAAAGCGGUGCAGGAGAGGUUCCAGGAGAGAGAAAUGGAGCUAAAGAAGCUGAUCCAAGCGACGAAGGAUUUCAAGAGUUGUUGCCAGACUGCAGUGAAGUCCAUUGAUGAUAUCUCUGAUGAGCUGGUCUCAGAGAUAAAGAGAACUCUCACUGCAGCAAAUGAGCUUGUUGCAGUCCAGGAGACAAAGGCAAUAGUGAGUGCUGAAGGUCUGCAGCUGCAGCUGGAGGAGGACAUCACCAAGCUGAGGAGAAGAGACGAUGACCUGGAACAGCUUUCUCAUAUGGACGACCAUGUUCAUUUCAUUCAGAUGUUCCCGUCUCUCUCCACCUCGUGUGAAUCUCCAGACCUGCCACUCGGUGCUGUCAGUUAUCCACGGCGUUUGAUGGAAACGGUGACUGAGUGCAUCUCUGAGCUGAGAGACAACAUCAAGGAUCUGCUGAAGUCCGCAUUACCCAAGAUCUCUGCUACAGUGUCUACUGUACGUGUUAUGCUGCCAGUUGUGCCGAACACCAGAGAAGAGUUUCUACUUUAUUGCUGUAGUCUGACACUGGAUGCCAACUCAGUCUCCCAAACGUUUUCUCUUUCACAAGAAUAUCGGCGGGUCCAAAGUCAUUCCUUUCAGCAAUGCCGUUCUUCUCACCCAGACAGAUUUGGGUAUGGCAGGCAGGUGUUGUGCAAGGAGGGUUUGACAGAGCGAUGCUACUGGGAGGUCAGUUGGAGUUGUUCUAAAAGUACUUCGAGUCGUUGUACUUGGUCAGUGGCAGUGUCUUACAAAGACAUCAGCAGAAAAUCAUCCGACUCCGAGUUUGGAAAAAAUACCAAGUCGUGGAGUUUAGAGUGUUCCUCAGAGGGUUAUACUUUCCAACACAACAGCAGAAGUGUGGCAGUAUCAGGCCCUAAAUCCUCCAAGAUCGGAGUGUACCUGGAUCACAAGGCGGGCAUUCUGUCCUUUUACAGCAUCUCUGACUCCAUGACUCUGCUCCACAAAGAACACACCACGUUCACUCAGCCUCUCUAUCCUGGCAUCGGGCAGAAGAAUUGUGACGGCUGUGGGUGUCAUGCAGAAGUGAUGAAGUUGUGGUAGUGAGAUUUAUAUUGGAGUACUGGAGAUUGUGCUGUACUAUACCAUCCAGUAUGCGUGGAUGUCUGGUGGUAGAUUAGACGAUGUGAUUUCAAUAGAAGAACCGAUUUUCUCUGCAGUGCUUACAAGAGAUGCUGAUAAAAUAACAAUUUUUGGUUUUCUUUGAUGAGAGGUUGUUUAUCUUUGAUAUUAUAUAACUAUAAAGUAACAUGUUAAGCGUCAGCUAAGUACUUUCCUAAAACCUGCUAGAAAGAAGUGACUUGUUUUGGUUGCUUGGCAUCAGCAGGAGCAACAGCUCAUCGCAGUUCAAGUGGAUUUCUUAAUGUUUUUUGCGAAGUUACUUGUUUAUACUUCAUUCAUUUGACUUUCUGCUCAAUAUUCCCCUUGUCUUAGCUCUUUUUGUGACUUUUACUAACUCCUGGGGAAUUUGCAGCAUCUGGUUCUUUAGCAGUCUGUUGUUUAGUGUGUCGUUUAGUGCAGAGCAGCGUUUAGAACAUACACUUUUGGAAUGUGUUGCAGUGUUAUAAUACUGGAUUGCCAACUCUUUUGGGAUUCAUACUUGCCUAAAAUGGGUAUUGUGACACUUGAUGUCAUCACAGUUGCAUUUGUUUUAGUGCGUUGGACUGUUAUUUUUUGCAAUCUACAGUUGUCUGGUUAAGAAGAAUGGAUCUAAUAUGUGUUUAUUGUCAGUUAUUCAUGUUAUCCAGCCAAUAUGAGUGUUAGUUAAGCAGAAAAAUUAAUAAAGAAGAAUGCAUAUUCACA